AUGACUUUCAAUAUCUCAACUGUUCUUAGAAAGCUAAUUAAAAUGGAUUUUAGUAGGAAUUUCUUGUUAAUUUGUUUUUCUAGGUACUUUUGGAUUAGGUUGCCAGCUUGUUAGAAGGGUCUUUGAUUCCUGUAACACUGAACAUGGAGGACUUUUUAAUCACCUGCAUUGUCAUUUAGUAACUACAUCACUGUCAGUGAGCUCUUGGUAAUUGGAACACUAGCCACUAAAAGGUUUAAAAUAGAUGUCAUAUAAUACCAGUAAUAACCCAGUGAAAUAUUACAGACCUAGGAAGUUGUACAGAGUGUGCGUCAAAAUGGAGGAGAGUACAAUGUUCCAUGGUUUUAAAAACAUUUAUGUUACAAUUUUUGCUAUCUUUUUAUUCUUUAAGUUCUUAAUCAAAGUCUUUUUGGCUCUCUUAACCCAUUUCUAUAUCGUCAAAGGAAACAGAAAAGAGGCUGCUAGGAUUUCAGAAGAGAUCUAUGGAGGAGUCUCAGAUUGCUGGGCUGAUCGGUCCCCACUUCAUGAAGCUGCGUCUCAAGGGCGUCUCCUCGCUCUCAAAACUUUAAUUGCACAAGGAAUCAGUGUGAACCUCGUGACAAUAAACCGGGUCUCCUCUCUACAUGAAGCCUGUCUUGGGGGCCACGUUGCAUGUGCAAAAGUCUUACUGGAGCACGGUGCCCACGUGAAUGGAACCACUGUGCAUGGAGUGACACCUCUCUUUAAUGCAUGCUGCAGUGGCAGCCCUGCUUGUGUCAACCUGCUCCUUGAAUGUGGAGCCAAGCCACAGCUGGACGAUCACCUGGCUUCACCCAUCCAUGAGGCUGUAAAGAGAGGUCACAGGGAAUGUAUGGAAAUCCUGCUGGCCUAUAAUGUUAAUAUUGACCAAGAAGCUCCCCAGCACGGAACUCCACUCUAUGUGGCCUGCAACUAUCAGAGGAUGGACUGUGCCAAGAAGCUCCUUGAGCUAGGAGCCAGUGUUGACCAAGGCAAAUGGCUGGAUACCCCACUGCAUGCAGCAGCCAGGCAAUCCAGUGCAGAAGUCAUUGAUCUAUUAGCAGAUUAUGGUGCUAGUGUGGGGCGCUUGAACCAUCAGGGCAAGCGUGCUGUGGAUCUGGCGGCUCCCCAGAGCAGGGUGGAACAGGCUCUCCUACUUCGAGAAGGUCCUUCUUCACUUGCCCAGCUUUGCCGUCUUUGUAUUCGAAAGUGUUUGGGUCGAUCCUGUCGUUAUGCUAUCAAUCAACUGUGUCUUCCAGAACCACUUGAAAAAUUUCUCUUAUAUCAAUAGAUAAAAAUCUUUAAUCCAGAAAUCUACCUGAAAAAGUAUGAUUAAAUGAAAAGCUUUCUAAGACAUCUUUUCUGUCCUCAUUUCAUAGUUUAAAGAGUAUAAAGAAGAUUUAUUUGAUGAGUGAAUUGCAGUAAAUUGGGCUCAUCAUUUGUGAUGAUUAUAUUAAUUGUAGGUAGAGGAGAAUAGGAUGAAUGAAUGUUGUCUUUAGUAAAUACUUUGGAAGUUUCUUUUUUUAAAAUAAAUCUCUGAUUAUCAUUUG